CAUCAGACUGCCUUUCUGACGUCUUGUAAAGUUUAGCAUAGAGAGAGUUGGUGAAGAAUAAAACACUAUAAAUGUUGAGAUGGAUCUUCAUGAGCCGUAUCUGAUCGGUGACUGCCUCAUUCAUGUCUUUACAUUUCUGACUAAAGAGGAUUUAAUCAGUGCCUCCAGUGUCUGUAAGGACUGGCAUGAAGCGGCUGAAACCCCGUGGUUAUGGAGAAGGAUGUGUUUGCGGCGCUGGACUUUCUGUAACGUCUCUGUCCUGGGAAGUGAACAGGUGAAUCACUCCUGGAAGAGGUACUUUCUUCGGCGUUGCCACUUAGAGGCAAAUAUGACGAAAGGCCGGUCAGGAGGUUACACCUGCAAGAGUCUCAGAGGACACACAGGCAGGGUGGUGGGGUUGGUGUAUCUACAGAAGAAUUCAGAUCAGCAUCCUGACCUGUGGAGCAGCAGUGCCAUCAUCUGCAGUGCCUCCACUGAUGGUACAGUCCGAGCAUGGAGCGUCCAGAAUGGUGACCUCCUGUGGUGUAGUCCUGCACAGAGUCCUUUAACAGCGAUUAUUACUGACGAACAACAGGAAGUAGUGAUCACAGCAGACUCCACAGGACUCAUAAAGACCCGGCAGGGCCAGACUGGACAGGAGGUGGCCUCCUUUAAUGCUGCAUCUCCACACUGUUCAUUACUGCAGUACAAUAUCAACAACAGCUGGUUUCUGACUGUUGGAACCAGCCAGGGAUCUGUUUGCACACUAUCUGAUACAGCUUUAACUGAAAAGUCCAACAUAAUGGUGUGUGACACCUUUAAAGUCAACACCCUGCUUAUGUCACCUGACAAGAAAUGGAUCACAGCUGGAACCAAGGAAAAUGAUGAUUUAAGCCCAAAGGUGAUUUACACUGAGAGUUUGACCUCUCCGACUGAGGAUGAAGAUCCUCUGUGCCAGUCUGUGCCAGUCACCGGUUGCCAGGCUGCUGUUUUCAUUCCCACCCAGCCUGCCAGACUGGCCAUCAUCCACUACAACCAGCGCCCAAGAAACAAAGCUCUCACUGUGUUCGAUGUCAGCCUUAAAAAGACAAAGUACAAGUCAGAGAUCCAGGUCCAGCAGGUGGAGUCCUUCUCCCUGACUCUGAACACCAGCUCCUCACACUUCCUCCUGGAAGCCAAGGGCAGCAACUGCUUAGUGCUGGCAGCAGGCCAGGAGCUAAUGGUUUACUCCCUGAAAGGGGCACUGCUCGCAAGCUUUAAAGAUCACACCAUGCCUAUCACCUCUAUAUGUGUGGAUAGCUUCCGUGUUGUGACAGCCUCUCGGGACCUCUCCUUAAGAGUGUUGACUUGGAGAAAAGAUGGAGACAGCGGUUUGAGCCUGGAGAGCAAAUACCAUCUACUGGGAGGCUCUCACUCGAUGUCCAGCGGGUUCACCCAGGUCGCCUGUGACUUCUCCAGCAUUGUGGCCUCAGCAGAAGGGAAAGAUGGGAAAGAUGUCUUAAAAGCUUAUUCUUUUACCUUAUGAGCACUACUGUGUGACAAACAGAUGCCUAAAUGAAGUUUGCACUGACAGAUUGAAGGAGGAACAUUUGUUUUUAUUAUAAACUGUUCAUCAUAUUUGCUUACAGCCUGUUGAGAUAUUCUUUGGUGCCACUAUUUACACAAAAACACUGACAAGACACUGUUAUUUGCCAUAGCGCUGUUUUUUCCCCAGUACUCUCAUGGUUCUGCUCUUAUCCUGGUGUAACCUGUAAUUGAGCUCACUUGUGUCCACUUAUCAAUCAGGGAGUAUAAUAGAGAGAAGAGGACGGCCCGUGCCUGUGGGCCAUCUGUCUCAACCAAGCAGUCAGGUCAGUUCAGUUUGGUACAGUGCAGUAGGAAAUUAGUGUUUCUACUGUCUAAAACUGGGAAAGAUACCAAAAUAAACUUUUUGUACUGUA